AUUAAUGUUAUCUCAUGGAAUUCAGCGUUAUUUUUCAAACUUGCCCUCAUACCCGCGCACUAAACUAAAAGCAAAAACAAUCCGUUAAUUUCCAAUUUGUUUUUUGCCAUUAAAGAAAUAUAUAUUCCAGACUUGCAUCAGUCCUCGCAAGCCCUUUGGUUGUUGUGUUCUGUAACUUUGUUAAUUUGAAAAGCAAAAAAAAAGAAGAAGCUCUGUUACUCUUCUUCUACAAUCUACAUCUCUCUGUUCAGUCCAAGAUCGUAGCUUUCAGGCCAAACUCUUCUGGGAAGACUACAAACUCCAAAGGCGUCUGAAAAGUUAGAAUCCGAGGCAAUCAAUAUCCAAAUCCUAUUGUGGUGUAGAGUCUAUAGGAUAAAAAGAUUGGAUACCAUUUACGCAUAUAGCUUUUGAGGGUCUUUGGUCUGGACUAUACGUGCUUAUUGCUAAUGGUUCCGUUUGAACCCAACAGUAUCCUGUAAAGAUUGGUAAAAGAGAGGGAAGGGUUUCUUUUGGGGUUUACCCGUUUUGUUAUAUAGGCUGGAAAAGGGUUUGGCUUUAGUAGUAGCAUGCUACUUGGGUUUGAUAAAGGGAAGAAGGAGGAGCGUCUCAGAAAGAGAGUGAUAGAGUGUGUGUGAAAGGUUGAGAUUAAAGACCUCAAAUGCAAGAAAUCAAGAAGAAGCUUGGCAAUGAAUAUUCCGAUCCCAAGAAGAAGGAGCGCCAUAUCGUCACAUGGACUCAAGAGGAAGAUGAUACACUGCGAGAACAAAUUAGCAUUCAUGGAACGGAGAACUGGGCUAUUAUUGCGUCUAAAUUCAAGGACAAAACGACUAGACAGUGCAGGAGAAGAUGGUACACAUAUUUGAACUCGGACUUCAAGAAGGGAGGAUGGUCACCAGAGGAAGACCUGCUUUUAUGUGAGGCUCAGAAGAUAUUUGGUAACAGAUGGACCGAAAUAGCGAAGGUGGUUUCAGGAAGAACUGACAAUGCUGUGAAAAACCGGUUUUCCACUUUGUGCAAGAAGAGAGCAAAAUAUGAGGCCUUAGCGAAAGAGAAUGCCUCUUCGUAUAUGAAUCAGAAUGACAAAAGGGUCAUAAUCCGAAAUGGCUUCAAUACAGAUGGAACAUCAGAAAAUACAUCACCUCUUAAGAAGAUGAGGAGGAGCCAUAUCCCUAGUCUCUCGGAAAAUUGCAACUAUGGUGACAGACGACAUGGGCAAUGUGGAAAGACUAAUCAGCAGCUAAGAGCUCCAUUUACUGUGUUGAUUCAGAAUAUCCACAGUGUAAACAACCUGCAAGAUCAGCAUAAUGUCAAUAUCAGUAAGGAAGCCCCCAGGGAUGCAGCACAAACUAACAAGUUUCAAGGCUCAUUUCUCAAGAAGGAUGAUCCAAAGAUAACUGCUUUGAUGCAGCAAGCAGAGUUGCUCAGCUCAUUGGCUAUGAAGGUUAAUACAGAUAACACAGAUCAGAGUCUUGAAAAUGCUUGGAAGGUUCUCCAAGAUUUCUUGAAUCAAAGCAAAGAGAGUGACAUCCUCAGCUAUGGAAUGAGUGAUUUUGAUUUUCAACUCGAAGAUCUUAAAUAUCUAUUAGAGGACUUACGGAGUACUAGUGAGGGAGGUCGACCAUCAUGGCGGCAACCAGAUCUCUAUGAUGAGUCUCCAGGAAGCUCUGAAUACAGUACAGGGUCAACUCUUCUGUCCCAAACAGAGUGUUAUAAAAUGGAACAGAUUGAAGCUGAAAUAGGUACAAUAACUCAGGACAUUCCACACGAGUUGCAAACAAUUCACAUUGGAGAACAAAAUAAUAUUGGCGAACUUGAGAAAGGGAUUGUUUCCAAUGGAACUAGAAAGCAAGCAGAGAUACUUCCAUCUUGCGAUGAAGCAACAAACGAUGAUGCAGUUGUUUCUGCAUUGUCGAGUACAGAGUUCAGUUCCCCUAUUCAAGUUACUCCAAUGUUCAGAUCCUUGGCAGCAGGAAUUCCCAGCCCAAAGUUUUCUGACAGUGAGAGGAGCUUCUUGCUCAAAACUCUUGGAGCGGAUUCCCCCUUUCCCAACCCAAGCACCAAUUCACAAACACCACUCUGCAAACGAGCCCUCCUCCAAAGUCUAUAGCCAACCUUUUUGCUCCACCUCAUAUAUAGCAGUUUUACAUGAUUCAGAUGAUGAUUGAGUUCAUUUUCUUCUGAAUUCCAUUUUCUUUGGAUUGCAGCCAUCCAGCCUGAAAUUUUACCAAAAAGGCAGGUUAAGAGAUCUGCUUCCCAAAACACAGAUCUAGAAUGCAAUGGUGCAUUCUAGAAUCUCCAGACGUAUCUAACGUAACCAACCUCGGAGUUCCUAUUCGGAACUCACAACCUGUGUGCUUGGUGUGUCAUUAAUUCUUUUGUUUUUUUUUUUUUUUGGGUGUUCCAUUUUUUUGGCCUUGAUUCUAUCAGUUGUACAGUACCUCCUAUAUCCAUAGUUAUUCAGAGUGUAAGACUGUAAGUAGACAUCGGCAGCUCGCCUAUAUCCAGCUAGAGUAUAUUAUGAAAGAGAACAGAGAAGAGAGAGAAGUGAGGAAAAAAA